AUGUCGCACGAAAUGUCCCACAUGGGCCCUCGGGCCUUCAACCACGACAACAGUAGCGACGCCGAGGCGGAGUACGAUCGGCUCCGCGACCUCGCCCGCCAGGAAGCCUCCAAGCGCGGACAAUGUUUUGGACGGUCGAAGGAUGCCUACGCGAAUGGCGACGGCGCUGGCGCCAAGCAGCUCUCCGAGGAGGGAAAGGCCCACGGUCGCAAGAUGGAGGAAUAUAACAAGCAAGCGUCGGAAUUUAUCUUCCGGGAAAACAAUGCCAAUGGACGUGUCGAGGCCGACACGAUCGAUUUGCACGGUCAGUUCGUCGAGGAGGCGGAAGAAAUUUUGGAAGAGCGCAUCAAGUAUGCCAAGGCGCAUGGACAGAACCACCUGCAUGUUAUCGUCGGCAAGGGAAACCACUCCGCCAACCACAUUCAGAAAAUCAAGCCUCGCGUCGAGCAGGUGUGCCAGGAGCUUGGUUUGCAGUAUGCCACAGAGGACAACGCUGGUCGCAUCUAUGUGAACCUCACUGGUGGUGAGGCUGUCAUGCCACCGUACGGCGGUCACCACGCACCCCAGCAGGGCCACGGUGGCUACCCCGGCCAGCAGCAUGGAUACCAGGGCCACCAGGGUCAACACCAAGGCCAGCACCAAGGUCAACAACAACAGCCCGACGAGAUCGAAGAGUUUGCCAAGAAGAUGCUGCCCAAGGUUCUGCGCAAGUUGGAGAAGGCUUGCUGCGUGGUCAUGUAA